CCCCAGUGAGUCACGUGAUAAGCUGCAGCGGGUCAUAUGACUGAAGGGAAAGUUCCUUCUGAUUGUACAAAAUCGCAGAGGACAAAGCACAAACCCGUAUCGCAGGUGCAUCGCAGUUUUGGGGAAAUAUAGCUUAACGUGUUCAAUUUGUUCUUAUACGUAGAUUCAAGUUCCUUGCUAGUUAUUAUCGUAGAUUCAAAUCUCUGCGUAGUGCUGUAAACAGGAGCGUGGUGUGACGCGAUGAAGGUGAGCGGUGUGUUGUGUGUGUUCCUGCUCUGGGUGGAGGGCUCCCAGGCUGAUACCCCGGCCAACUGCACAUAUGAAGACCUGUUGGGCUCCUGGGUGUUCCAAGUAUCGAAGGGGGGACACGACAAAGGCAUUAACUGCUCUAUGAUGGACACCAUUGAUAAGUCGAUAACGGUGCGCCUGGAGAAGCUGUCUGUGGCGGUGGACGACCUGGGGAACACAGGAUUCUUCACCCUCAUCUACAAUCAGGGCUUUGAGGUUGUCCUCAACGACUACAAGUGGUUUGGCUUCUUCAAGUACUCUGAGCAGGGCUCUGAGGUGACCAGCUACUGUGACCAGACUCUGCCAGGCUGGGUCCAUGAUUCUCUGGGAAACAACUGGGCCUGCUUCACUGCCAAGAGGGUUGUCCCAACACCCCCCCGCUCCGUAGACACACACCGCUACCAUCCCAAUGACCUGUUCCUCCAGAGGUCCUACAAACACAACCUGGACUUCAUUGACUCCAUCAACGUGGCCCAGAGCUCCUGGAAAGCCAUGGCCUACAGCGAACAUGAGACCUACACUCUGCAGCAGCUAAUGCACAGAGCCGGGGGACCAGCUUCACACAUCCCCAGACGUGUUGGCCCCGCCCCUGUGACAUCAACGCUAGCCAAGAUGGCGGCCGGCCUCCCUGAGCGCUGGGACUGGAGAGAUGUCAACGGAGUCAACUACCUCAGUCCUGUCCGCAACCAGGCUUCGUGUGGUAGCUGCUAUUCCUUUGCCUUAAUGGGAAUGUUGGAGGCUCGUGUCCGGCUCCAAACCAACAACACCGAGACUCCCAUCUUCAGCCCACAGCAGGUCGUGUCCUGCUCCCAGUACUCCCAAGGUUGUGACGGUGGUUUCCCCUACCUCAUUGGGAAGUACGUCCAGGACUUUGGGAUCGUGGAAGAGUCGUGUUAUCCGUACGCUGGGACAGAUUCCCCGUGUGACGUUCCCGAUGGCUGUCUCCGCCACUACACUUCGGACUACAGCUACGUCGGAGGGUUCUACGGCGGCUGCAGCGAGUCUGCCAUGAUGCUGGAACUGGUCAAGAACGGACCCAUGGGGGUGGCCUUUGAGGUGUAUCCUGACUUCAUGCACUACAAGGAGGGUAUCUACCACCACACGGGCCUCCAUGACUCCUACAACCCGUUUGAGCUGACCAACCACGCGGUGCUGCUGGUGGGCUACGGCCAAUGUCACGUCACGGGUCAGAAGUUCUGGGUGGUGAAGAACAGCUGGGGGACGAAGUGGGGCGAGGGGGGCUUCUUCAGGGUCAGACGGGCUGAUGAGUGUGCCAUUGAGAGCAUCGCUGUGGCAGCCAAGCCCAUCCCUAAAUUGUAGAGGGUCUACGGGGAUAGGAGGGAAAGGGUUCAUCUUCAGGCAAUUGGAACCUAGCCUGAAGUCUACAAUGGCAUAUAAAUGUAAUAUUUUGAAAUGGCUGGGACGUUGUCAGAGUGUAACUGUAAAAGUGUUCCCCAGGCUCACUAGACAUUCUGAUCCUUGCCAGUCAGAUGCAUUUUUGUGAACGA